AGAGCAGAAUCUUUUCAAAUUAGACAUGGUUUUGUAAAAAUUGUUAGGUGUAUGAUGUAUCUGGAUGCACCAUGCACUCAAACGUAUUUAUGUUUAGGGUUUUGGUUAGAUUAAGCUUAAUGUAGAAGCUACUGGAAAAGAACGGGUACUCUCCCAAGUUUACAAUGAGUGCACCUCAAGUUUAAAAUUUCCAGCUCAUACUCUCCUCUAUCAUCUCUUCUUCUUAGCAAGUAUUCAUUCCACAGGUCCAUAACACACUUCAUCAGCUGCAUGUUAUGGAUAAUUAAUUAUAAUGGUAACUUUUAGAUUAGAGUAUAAUUAUAAUAAUAAAUUAAAAAUAUUAAACAGUUUAGUAGUUUUCCCAUAUGAUUAGAAGAGACAGCCAAGUACAAAUAAGAGACAGCAUCAGAAAGUGAAGCUGAAGAAAUCCUUUGUGGGAUACAAGAAACAAACAAAUGGGUCACCACUGCUGCAGUAAACAGAGAGUUAAGAGAGGUUUAUGGUCUCCUGAAGAAGAUGAUAAACUUUCCACUCAUAUUACUAAUCAUGGCCAUGUCUCUUGGAGCUCUGUUCCCAAAUUAGCAGGACUCCAAAGGUGUGGAAAGAGCUGCAGAUUAAGGUGGAUAAACUACUUGAGGCCAGAUCUAAAGAGGGGCUCAUUUACAGAAGAAGAAGAGAGAACAAUUGUUGAAGUGCACAGAAUUCUAGGAAAUAGGUGGGCUCAAAUUGCCAAACAUCUCCCAGGAAGAACAGACAAUGAAGUUAAGAACUUUUGGAAUUCUUGCAUCAAGAAAAAGCUUCUUGCUCAAGGGUUUGAUCCCAACACUCAUAAUCUUCUUCUUUCUCAUAAAAACAAGUCCAAAUCUAAAACUAAAACUAAAACUAAAACUGCCAAUCAUCAUCGUUUUCCGCCAAAUUCGAACUCUUUAGUCUUCUCAGAUGAUCAUCAUCAACUUCCUUCUGAUACUAACUCUGAGUUGCAAAAUAAUACUAUCAACUUUGAGUGCAACACUGCCGAUUAUAAUACACAAAUGCAUAAUAUUAAUAAUGCACCAACUACGGAUUACCAAUUUUUAGGAACUAGUAGUUUGAACAUAUCAAAUUCCGUUUCAAAUAAUGAUGUGAAUCUAUGUGAUGGGUAUAUCAUUGAUGAAAACUCGAUUUGGAGCACAACAAGAAGCUUGGAAAACUUUGAACAACCUACGCAAACCACCCAAGUUGGCGGUGCCGAUUACAACUAUGAUGCUUCAUUGUUUGAUAUGUUAAGUAUUAGUUAUGGCUUUGAGGACUGCCCCUCUACUACCAUUUUACCAAGUUCAAGCUCCCAAAUGUAUGGUGAUAUGGAGCAAUUUGCAUGGUGUGAAGGAAACAACUUUCAAUGUGGCUCUUAUGUUUUGUAAAUCAAAAGCGUAAGCUAGCUAGUGUUUGAAUAUCCUACCUAUGAGUAAAGUACAAACCACACUCGAUAUGUGGAUUGCUGAAUCCUGCACAAUAUGGAAUAUUUGUUAGAUUACAAGCACACUAUGGAAUAUCGUUAUCUCACACUAUGAAAAUAUACUAUACGGAGUAGCAAUUUAAAUCAUACUGUCUCUAUUUUUUAAUACUCACAAUAUUUGGACUUUUUACGCUAUUCACAUAUUCUACUUUAACUAUUGUUGGUGAUUUAUAUGUAAUACUUUGUAUAAAACACUGUCAUAAUCUGCAUACCAUGCAUGUGAGGUGUACCAAGCCGGCCCUAAGUCACUUUGUUCGACAUUUUUCUUGCUUUGCGUUUAAUUAAGACAAUGAGGUUAUGUAAAAUGUAAUAUUUUGUCAAGGAAGUGUAGGUGACUUGUGAAAUAGAACAGAAAAAAUUAAAGUUGAUAAAUUAUGUAGUACGUAAAAUGUGAAAAUGUGAUUAGAUGUUGUUAUUCAUUACAUUAUUGUUGAGUACGUACGGUAUGACAUUAUCCCUUCAUUAUUAAGUUUUGUAUUGUUGGAUUAGAAGGUCUAAGGGUGUAUCGUAUGUGCAUGUCUUUUGAUCAUGAUGUUGGCUAGCUUGAUACACAAGAAGGGUAAGGAUUUGGGAAGGAACUAGUCUUGCUUAUUCGAGAAUAUUAAUAUUUAGUCAUUCAAAUUGUAUAUUUUUUUCUAAUUCAAGUUUGACAAGAAUUACAUGAGUACGGAGUAGUACAAUAACAAACUUAUUAGAGAUGUAAAUUUGGUGUGAGUCGGGUAUGGUCGUAUGGAUUGGCCCAAGUUAGAUCGGAUCACUAGCUUUUUGACAUAUAUAUUUUGCUACUAUUUGUUCUUAAUUGUUUAAGACUUUCAUACUAACUACGUUUUUUUUUGGCAGCAAAAUUCAAACAGGCAUACAGAAAAACAGAGAAACAAAUUAGUACCUAUUCUUCCUACACCCUAUAGCUAUGUUUUUUACUCUCAUAGUUAUCUCUUUUUUACAUUUUUCUAUUAUACAAUUGUCCAUAUCCUUCGAAAUUCUAAUAAUGUCACCACAAAUUGUGACCAGAUCCAUCCUACAUGCAGGAUAAUUCUUUAAUGCUUUGAUAGCAUCCAUAGAGCUCGUACAAAUCUUCAUGCUUCGAAUUUGCAACUGUGUCGCCCUUUGCACUCCAUAAGGCAUAGCCUUGAUUUCUGCCUGAUGUCCAUCUGAAGCAGUCACCUUUAGUCCGUCUUCCUCAAUCACUCUAUUGUCCACCAUAACACACCAUCCUACUGCAGCCUCCCCCCAUUUCUUUUUCUUACCUUUUUUCCAAGUUCCUGCAACAAUAAGAUUAGCAUGAUUCACGUUAUUGUUACCUUUGAGAGCAUGCACCAAGACUCCUUCUUCUUGUCUUCGAAUCUUGCUUCCCUGCCUAUAUUUUAGCUCAACAGCCUCCUCUGCUUGCUUUAUAUGUUUCACAACAAGGUGCAUGACUGUUCUAGGAUUGGCUUCAACAUUUCUGAACAUUACUUCAUUCAUAUGUAUCCAUAUUGACCAUAGAAUUGCAAUAAAU